GGUGGCUACACGUUUUUAGUGCAAAAGGUAAGGGAACAAUUCAACGAGGGCCCUUUAGCAAAAAAAAAAAAAAAAAAACACACAGAAAAAGCCCAGCCGAAAAGAGCCGACUAACCGCAGGCUACCUGGAGCUAACGCGCCUGAACCAUGGCGUCGGAACAGUGCUCUCAGAUCGAAGCCGAACUCUAUUUCCUGAUUGUCAGAUUUCUUCAGUCGGGACCGUGCAAAAAAUCCGCUCAGACUCUGCGGGAGGAACUGGAGGAGUUUGAGAUCAUCCCUGAGCGCUGGAGCUGGGACGGAACCCGCUACAGGAGAAACUUUCAGGAUUGGGUGACACUGAAUCAGCACAUCCCAGCAGAUUACUUGUUGCGUGUGUGUGAGCAGUUGUGUCCGUUACUGGACACACACGUCCCCCCCAGUGUCCCUGGACUCCGCAGUCUGCUGGGCAGCGGCCGACAGUCUCUACUGCGUACUGCAAAGAGUUCUUCCCACACAGUAUGGACAGGUUCUGCUGUAGCUGCUCUGCACCGGGGGCGGCCCCCCGAACCGCCAAUCAACUUCUCCAAACCGCCAAAUAUCGUGUCAGUCAUUGGCGGUCGCCAGGCUACUGGGGUGGCUCGCUUGGGCCACGCCCUCCCAUCCUGCACCUACCAGCACAUGAAGAUGCACAGGAGGAUUCUGGGACACUUGUCGUCAGUGUACUGUGUGGCUUUUGACCGAACAGGCCGCCGCAUCUUUACGGGUUCAGACGACUGCCUGGUGAAGAUCUGGGCGACAGACGACGGGCGUCUGUUGGCGACGCUGCGAGGUCACGCGGCUGAGAUCUCAGACAUGGCGGUGAAUUACGAGAACACGCUCAUCGCUUCUGCCAGCUGUGACAAAGUCAUCCGUGUGUGGUGUCUCCGUACCUGCGCACCCAUCACUGUCCUACAGGCACACACUGCCUCCAUCACCUCUGUACAGUUCUCUCCAUCUUUUGUCGGUUCUACAAGCUAUCUGGCCUCGACAGGAGCCGACGGCAUGGUGUGCUUCUGGCAGUGGAACAGCCUCACCAUGAAGUUCUCUGACAGACCAGUGAAAUUUGUGGAGCGCUCGCGUCCUGGGGUUCAGAUAUCAUGCUGCUCUUUCAGUACCGGUGGGAUGUUUCUGGCCACCGGAGGAACGGAUCAUGUGAUCAGGGUGUAUUACCUGGGUGCUGAGACCCCUGUGAAGCUGUCAGAUCUGGACUUGCACACAGACAAAGUGGUUGCCAUGCAGUUCUGCAACAACACCGACAGUCUGCGCUUCGUGAGCGGCAGUCGAGACGGAACGGCGCGGAUCUGGCAGUACCAGCAGCAGGAGUGGAAGAGCGUCGUGCUGGACAUGAGCAGCAAACUGCCCGGGAGCUCUGCAGCAUCAGGGGAGGACAAGACCACCAAGCUGGUGGUUACCAUGGUAGCAUGGGACCGCGGUGACCGAAUGGUCGUCACCGCCGUCUCCAACUUACUCCUCAAAGUCUGGAGCUCCACGAGCGGCCAGCUGCUACACGUGCUCUCGGGUCACGAUGACGAGGUCUUCGUCCUGGAGCCCCACCCCUUCGACUGGCGCAUCAUGCUGUCGGCCGGCCACGACGGCAACAUCUACAUCUGGGAUCUCAGCAAAGGCAACAAAAUUAGGAACUUCUUCAACAUGAUCGAAGGUCAGGGUCACGGAGCUGUGUUCGACUGCAAGUUCUCCGCUGACGGUCAGCACUUUGCCUGCACCGACUCGCACGGGCAUCUCCUGAUCUUCGGCUUUGGCUGCAGUCAGCUUUACGAGAAGAUCCCAGAUCAGAUGUUCUUCCAUACGGAUUUCCGCCCGCUGAUCCGAGACUCCAAUAACUACGUCCUGGACGAGCAGACGCAGCAGGCGCCUCACCUCAUGCCGCCGCCGUUCCUCGUGGACGUGGACGGGAAUCCGCACCCUCCCAGAUUCCAGCGCCUCGUUCCCGGCCGAGAGAGCUGCAAGGACGAGCAGUUGGUGCCUCAGCUCGGCUACAUGGCGAACGGUGACGGGGAGGUGGUGGAACAGGUGAUUGGCCAGCAGACGGCGGAUGAAGGUCAGGAAGAAAGUCCACUGGACAAUCUGAUCCGGCAGCUACAGAACCAGCAGGAUGACCGACUGAUCUCAGGCGCUGAAGCAGCAGGCGGUCCUCUGUCGCCCCCUAACGUCGGCCUGCGCAGGAGCGGUCAGGUGGAAGGGGUUCGACAGAUGCAUAAUAACGCCCCCCUCAGUCAGAUCGCCACAGAGAGGGACCUGCUGGCGUGGAGCCGCCGUGUGGUCGUUAACGAAAUCUCCUCAGGAGUCUUCAGAGUAAUGGAGGAGAGUCGAGCAGCUAAAGGAGAACUGGAGCGAUCUCUUUAUAACCUGGAGAGGAAGAAAAAACCUGCACAUACAACACGAACGGAGACGGUUGACGUUUCGGCUCGGUCUUUGCGGAGACCUCAGAGGAAACCGCAGCAGAAGAGACACGCGUAUCACACGCGGUCAGCGCGAGAGCGGAGGCGCGCUCGCACACUCAGCGACACGAGGGAGCACAGCCUCAGCGAGUCCGACAGUGAGGCAGAGCAGGAGGAGGAUCAGAACGACAACAGUGACGUGUCCUCUGAAGGUGAUGCUCAGUGGGAGGACGCCAGCAGCUCCAGCGACGACUCCAGCGAGUAUUCCGACUGGACGGCAGACGCAGGUAUCAACCUCCAGCCGCCCAAACGGCCAAUCAGAAGGCCGGCUCGUAUCGCCGGGAGCAGCAGCUCAGAGGACGAAGGGGAGGGGCAAAGAGAGGGGGAGGAGCGUCGCAAGAAGAAGGAGGAGGAGGAAGAGGAGAAGAAAAAGAAAUCCAAACAAACUAAACACAAGAAUGUUCCUGCUGGUGAGCUUGAAGAGUGGCUUCCCCAACCCUGGAUAAUGGAGACGAUGCCCAGACGGUCUCCGUUCCUACCUCAGAUGGGGGAUGAGUUGAUAUAUUUCCGUCAGGGUCACCAGGCGUAUGUUCGGGCAGUGCGACGUGCCAAAGUCUACAGCAUUAAUCCUCAGAAACAGCCCUGGAACAGACUGAAUCUCAGGGAUCAGGAGUGUGUGAAGGUGGUGGGUAUAAAGUAUGAGGUGGGUCCACCCACACUCUGCUGCCUCAAACUGGCCUUCCUGGACCCGCUCUCAGGGAAGAUGACUGGCGAGUCCUUCAGCUUGAAGUAUCAUGACAUGCCUGAUGUUAUAGAUUUUCUGGUGCUGCAACAGUUUUAUAACGAGGCCAAAGAACGCAACUGGCAACCGGGUCUGAGUUUCAGAAGUAUUAUAGACGACGCCUGGUGGUUUGGAGCAGUGGAGAGUCAGCAGCCGUACCAGCCGGAGUAUCCAGACAGCCUUUUUCAGUGCUACGCUGUCAGGUGGGAUAACGGCGAGCGAGAGAAAAUGAGCCCGUGGGACAUGGAGCCCAUACCGAGUGAAGGCGAGUCUGCACUACCAGACGAGGUCGGAGACAGCGUCCCUGUAACAGAGGAGGAACUUCAGUCACUGCUGUACCAGCCACAGGACGGAGAGUGGGGCACACACACACGUGAUGAAGAGUGUGAGAGAGUCAUCAGUGCCAUAGACCAGCUUUUAACUAUGGACAUAGCAAAGGCCUUCUCCUUUCCAGUGGAUCUGAGGGAUUAUCCUCUGUACUGCACUGUGGUGGCGUAUCCCACUGACCUCAGUACAAUCAGACAGAGACUGGUACACCGCUUCUACAGGAGGAUUUCAGCACUGAUGUGGGAGGUUCGGUACAUCGAGCACAACGCCAGGACGUUUAACGAGCCGCACAGCCCCAUCGUCACAGCGGCUAAAGCACUCACUGACCUCCUGCUGCGCUUUAUUGGGGAUCAGAGCUGUACUGAUGUCUUGGAUAUGUACGAUAAGGCCAGGACGGAGCUCAGCAGUGCUGCUGAAGAAGAGGAGGAUGUUGACAUCGACUCGGACACUCCAGGCACAUCGACUGGCCAGAAACGCUCUGGUCAGUCGUCUCAGAAGCGGGGCGUGGUGCUGGACGUGCAGGCGUGGUUCGCUCAGUGUAAAGAGCUGGUCAGGAGGAUGAUCAGCAGCCCUGACUCGGAACCCUUCCGCCAACCCGUGGACCUUUUCACCUACCAAGUAACCGAGCCGAGCAUCUGUUUCUGUCUGUCUUACAUUGUGGCAUCGGGCUUACUGAUUCACACCGCGUGUGUCUGUGUGUCUGUGCAGGACUACAGAGACAUCAUAGACACACCCAUGGACCUGGGCACGGUGAUGGAGACUCUUGUGGGAGGCAACUACGAGAAUCCUAUCGAGUUCGCCAAAGACGUUCGACUUAUCUUCAGCAACUCUAAAGCGUACACACCGAACAAGAAGUCCCGGAUCUACAGCAUGACUCUGAGCUUGUCAGCAUUCUUCGAACAUCAGAUCAUCCCCAUCAUCUCCGAUUACAAGGUAGCCGUCCAGAACCAGAGACGCUGCCAACAGAGACUCAGCUACAGCAAGAGACUGCAAACGUCCCCGCCGGAGAGCCCCAAAGGGAAACCUAAGUCAGCGAAGAAAACUAAGACUCCACAGCAGCCGAACAGCACCCGCUCACAACAGCUCUCUGAAGAUUUGAAUCUUGCGCUUGACGAAGAUAGUCAGCCUUCAUCCUGCUCCUUGUCAGCAUCGACAUCCUCAGUGUUGGGUCAACGAGCGAGUAACCGAGUGACACGCAGCCGAGCUCUGAGCAAGAGAGCAGACCCUCAGUGCAACGGACCACUGACGAACGGAGGUCGAAGGUCACGUCGACGGCCGGGACAGGGAGACUCCUCAGACUCCGAGAGCUCGGAAUCUUCAUCCACAUCAUCAUCGUCUUCGUCCUCUUCGUCUUCGUCGUCUUCGUCCUCUUCCUCCGAAAGCGAAGUGAGUGACGCCGAAGUGGGCAGUUUCGCCGAAGGCGGCGACCACGACUACAGCAAAGCGUCACGUCUCUCUUUGGCACGCAAAAGCAAGAUCAGCUCUAACUUUACCUUUAACACCAAACGGAAAAGAAGCAGACAAGAAGAGAAAACGACGGAGUGCCUCAAGCGUGCACGUAGGGAACAGAUGCAUGUCCAAGCAGCUCAGAGCGAGAAUGAGGACGAGGAAGAAGAUGAUGACGACGAGGGAGAGGAAGAAGAAGGGGAAGUGGAAGAGGGGGAAGUGGAGGAGGUGGAAGAAGGGGAAGAUGAAAUGGAGGAAGAAGGAGGAGGAGAAGAAGAAGAAGGGGAGGUGGCAGAAGAAAACGAGGAGGAAGAGGAGGAGGACGGUGAGGAGGAGGAAGGUGAAGGCGACGGUGAGGAGGAGGAGGGCGACGGUGACGACGGUGAGGAGGAAGGUGAGGAGGAAGAGGAAUUGAGUCCACAACCUCAGCUUCCUUCCAGAAGUCAAAGGUCACAUCAGAGAACUGUGAAAGCAGGGCGUGUAAACACCCGUAACCAAGGGAGACGGACCGUAGUCUAUAACGACGACUCCGAGGACGACGCGCCUUCAGCUGACCCACUCAACCUGGGCACGUCACGUUCCGGAAGAAUCCGCCGCAUGACCGAACGAGCAAGGGUCAGCCAUUUAAUGGGCUGGUCACACUGACCUUUGACCUUUUGGACAUAUUUUUUAAGCGACUUCAGACAUUCACUACAGCAAUACUGCAGGGAUUUUUGUAGCUGUAAAUGUACAGAUGUUUUCUUUUUCUUCUCUUUUAUGUUCUUUUUUUAUUUAUUUUUAUUUUGUUAACGAGACUUUUGUUUACGACUCUGGAGCUCGUGGUGCUGACUCCGUCUCUCACUCUGGUGUUUAGCAAACCAAACCAGCCUUACUGUGAGCCAGAGCAUGGAGGAGUCUCCUUCACUCUCCCUGUCUGUCUCCGUCCCUGUCUGUCUCUCCCUGUCUGUCUGUCUUUCUCUCUCACGUCUUCUCUCCUGGCUUCAUUUGCCAACGUGGUGCUUAUUAAAUCAAGUCACUGUACUUCAUGCGGGAUGAUGGUGCUGUUCUCUUUCUCUCUCUCUCUCUCUCUCUCUCUCUCUCUACCACUCUGUUAAAUGGUACAUUAGCUAGCUAGCUAAAGGUUUACAUCCCAAACCGCAUCUUUUGUAAUAAACAGUCGAAAUAAUGGCUUUAAUCUUCGUACUGAGUUUUGUACAGUUGUGUUUGGUUUGGGAUGCGACCCGAGGUUUUCAUUCCCCCAAGCUAGCAGCUGUUUAUUUUUAUAACAACUUUACAGACUGUUCUCUCACAUUCUCUACAAAUAGCUCAUUGUAGCAUUACAGUGUCCUGUUAAACUAAUAUCCAAUCAGCUCUUUGUUGCCAGGCACAUUUAAUCCGACAGAGCGACCUCAUUGGUUGUGAACAGGCGCUCUCUCUUUUUGAUUGGUUAAAAUAAAAUCCCUCUAAUGUUAAUAUAAAGCUGUAUGGAUCUAGUCUACUGACUAAAUCAGAUUUUGGUAUUUGGAUUCUCUGUUAAUUAAAAAACGAAACACUGGAAAUAUCAGUGCAGUUGCUGUAACAUCCAAUCAGCUUCUGGUUGCUAUGCAGAAAAUGAAGAGGUGCUCUCUGAUUGGUCCAAACCUCUGAGAGGAAUUUUUCUUUUGAUGGUAGUCGUGUCAAUGUCCAUGUAAACACUUCUAACUAAGUUAAAUAGUGCACUUUCCUUUACAAAAUCUUUGCUGUGACACAGUGGCCUGGUAGCAAAAGUUUUUGCCCCUGCCAUCCUGACCAGUUCACCAUUCGGGACACAGCCAUGUAGGGGUUUAAACCAAGUCCUCUCCUUUAUUGAACUGUUUGUUCUCUUUUCCCUUUUUCUCUCUCUCUCUGUUUCCCACAGUCAAAUACCUGGGAUUUGUCCCAAACGCCGGUCUCGCUAGUGUUCUUACUAGAACGUUGACCAUUUCAAGACGCAUCCCAAAUGUUACAAAGUGUAAAAUGUCUUGAGAUUUUCUUGAUGCUUUUUAUUUUGGAGCGGUCACUUAGCGGUGUCCCAUAAUGCAUACAUAAAGUAUAAUGAUUCAGUAAAGUUAGGGAUCAAUUUAACCAAGUUAACAGUGUUUUAUGUUUGAAUGUCUUGUGUUUAGAAUGCUGUUGUACUCUAGUCAUUACUAGUGCUAGUGAUUACUAGCGACAUUAGCUUAGCGAGCCUGUUAAACACAGCAGGUGCGGCAACAUCACGUACGAACUUAUUUGCUAACAUUUAGCGUUACCUCUUAGCCUAUUUAAAAUUCCAGUAAGAGUGCUAUGGUUCAAUACACUAGCAUUUGGGACACAUCCUAGAUUUUAUUUUUGUCAAAUCUUCCAAGAUGAAUGAAGUACUUCCUGAUCAUGACCUUUGACUUCCUGCCCAUGCGACGGUCAAGAGCAUAGAUACGCCGAGUGUUUGCACACACACUGUUUUUACAAUGGAGUAUAUUUAUAUUUGUACUAUACACUUACACUUUAAUUCAUAAAUAUUAACUCAAAAUGAUCCAGAGAUGUUUGCACAUGUCAUGGCAGCUGAUUGGUCAAAAAAAUGUUUGGGUGGGGCUAAAUCCUGCCUCCUUAUUGGUUAAGAGUCUUCACAGACCAGAGCCGAUGGGAAGCUCAAAGCGACAAGGAUGACUGUUUUUGAUGGGGCUUUUUUUUAUAGAGUGACUUUUUUUUUCUUUCUUUUAUAUACAUUUUUUUUAUUAUUAUUUUGACCUCUGAAAACAGGAUGUGGUGCCAAUCUAAGGACUCAAGAGAUCUUCCAGGUCCUGCAGAGCUCCAGUCUUUUGAUUCAGCAGGGAGUUUGUUUGUUUGUUUUUUAAUAAAUGGUGAUUCCUAUUGGU